AUGACAGUGGUGCUCUUGUCUUGUCCAAAGCAUGGGGAUCAACGUUCUCGAAAAACCGCUCGGAAGGCCACUAGUCCUUACAGAUCAAGCAAAGGUGGGAGACCAUAUUGCGGGUUCGCGUUCAAAGCGAGGUUCAGGAAGGCGACAGAAAGUGGAAGUGGUGCUUCUAGGAAUUUAUGGUCGGGGUGA